AGCUGUAACCCCCCUCCUUGAUAUGCCCCCACCGCCUCCCCCUCCACCUCUGCCCAACUUUGCCUGGGCCCCCCCUCCAGCCACUCCUAUGUCCAGUAAAACCUGUGUCCCUCCUCCUGCUCCUCCUCCUCCCCCUCCUCCUCCUCUGCCUGGCAUGGCAAGGAUUUCCUCUACUAUUCCUCCUCCUCCCCCUCUGCCUGGCCUGGGUGGCAUUCCUCCCCCUCCCCCUCUGCCUGGCCUGGGUGGCAUCCCUCCCCCUCCGCCUCUGCCUGGCCUGGGUGGCAUCCCUCCCCCUCCGCCUCUGCCUGGCCUGGGUGGCAUCCCUCCCCCUCCAAUGAAUGGCACUGAAGAAAUAGUGGUGGCCCAGGUGGACCGUGGUCUGGGUUUUGCAAGAGUUCCAGACCACAGGAAAGUGAACCCUCCUACUCUGAGGAUGAAAAAGCUGAACUGGCAGAAACUGCCUUCCAAUGUGGUAAGAGACAGUCACUCAAUGUGGGCAUCAAUGAGUAGCCUGAGCAGCGAGGACAUGCAGCCUGAUUAUACCAGCAUCGAACAGCUCUUCUGUUUCCCAACCACGAAGCCCAAGGAGAAGGAGGCAGCCCCAGCCAAGAAGGAGCCCAAAGAGAUUACGUUUCUAGAUGCCAAAAAAAGUCUCAAUCUGAACAUUUUUCUGAAGCAAUUCAAAUGCUCCAAUGAGGAGAUCACAGACAUGAUCCGGAGAGGGGACAGGACCAGGUUUGAUGUUGAAGUUCUGAAGCAGCUCCUCAAACUGCUCCCCGAGAAGCAUGAAAUAGAAAAUCUGAAAUCAUUCCAAGAGGAGAAAGCCAAGUUAGCCAGUGCUGACCAGUUCUAUCUCCUCCUCCUCAAUGUUCCCAGCUACCAGCUGCGGAUUGAGUGCAUGCUGCUCUGUGAAGAGACGGUCAUCAUACUGGACAUGAUCCGACCCAAAGCUGAGGUCAUCCGCAGGGCCUGUGAGAGUCUCCUCACCAGUCAGCGUCUGCCAGUUUUCUGCCAACUGAUUCUCAAAAUUGGAAACUUCCUCAACUAUGGGAGUCACACAGGAGAUGCUGAUGGUUUUAAGAUCAGUACCCUGCUCAAACUCACAGAAACCAAGGCCAACCAGAGCCGUGUGACCCUGCUACAUCACAUCUUGGAGGAAGUGGAAAAAAAUCACCCUGACCUCCUGCAGCUCCCCAGUGACCUAGAGCACAUCUCCCGGGCAGCAGGGAUCAAUAUCGAUGUCAUCCACUCGGAAGCCAGCACUAACCUGAAGCAGUUGCUGGAGAUGGAGCAGAAGGUAUCUUCAGGGAUUCCCGAGGUUCAGGAGCAGUACGCAAAGCCCCUCCAGGAUAGCAUCUCAGCCUCCAGGGAGUUAGAGGAAGAGUUUAAGGUCAUUGAGAGGAAGAAGGUGGAGCUGGCUGACUACCUCUGUGAGGAUGCCCACAAGCUCUCCCUGGAGGACACCUUCAGCACCAUGAAGACAUUUCGAGAACUGUUCAUCAGAGCCAUGAAGGAGAACAAGGACUGGAAGGAGCAGGCUGUGAAGGCAGAGAAGAGGAAGAAGCAGCUGGAGGCUGAAGAAGCUAAGAGGCUGCGGGGGGAAGAUGGGAAGAUCAUUCGGAAGGGAACGGUGAAACAGGAGGAAGUAUGUGUCAUCGACGCCCUCCUGGCUGACAUCAGGAAAGGUUUCCGGUUGAGGAAGACCGCCAAGGGCAAAGGGGACUCGGAGAAUGGCCUAAAAGUGGCACCUUCUGAAACCUACAAGGAAAAAGAGACUGCAGCCAUAAAGGAUGCUGGCAACAGCCCCAAGCCUGGGCAGGGCCUUGACCUUGCUGCUGCUGUUGCUGGAGAGACUGGGGACCAGGACCACCCAGAUGGUCCUGCAUCUAUUAUUGGGAUCCCCAAAGGACCUUCUGAAGCCAGUGGCCAUGGCUGCCCAAGCCCAGAGGGCAACAGAGCUUCCACACCAAUGCCCAGCUUUCCUGAUGGCCCUCAGAUAGUGCAGCUUGAUGACUCCAAGUCUCUGAAGCCCAUCAGGUUUUCCAGUGGCUCUCCCCCUUGGGGCAUGGACGUAGGCAGUGAGGUCGAUGCCACCAGAGCGGAGGAUGAAGCUGCAGAACACCAGGCUGGCAGAACAGCCGAGGGACCCAAGAAUGGCUAUCAGAGGUCAGAGGAUGCAGAGCCAGCUUCUCCAGAGGUGGAGGAGGACGAGGAGGAGGACACAGCACCAGACUCAGUGCUGGACACCUCUCUGGACAGGUCUUUCUCUGAAGGCGCUGUUACUGAUUCCUCGGGCUCUGGGACCCUCCCUCGAUCCCAGCAGCGAACCAAGAAGGGAUCUGGGAAGCGGAGGAAGAAGCGACAUCCUAGGAGCCAUGAAGCAGAGGUUGACUCUGAUUCUGGAGAUGAUAAAACAAAAUGGCAUUGUGUGGUCCAGUGAGGUAUCAGGCCCAAGGCCAUAGCCAAAUGAGGAAGACUGGAGAUGGAGGCUGACUUCAUAUAUGCCCUGUGCUGCAGUGGAAUCCUGGGGCUGAGGACACUUAUACCACAAGGGGCCGGGGUGGGAGGGCACACGGAGAGUGUCAGGGACAGAUACUCCUGUUCCUCGGGAGUUCUGGGCUGGGGACUAGAGACCCUAGAACUCAGUGCCUUACAUUGAUGGGACCCAAGAGUGUGUCUGCUGAGCUUGCUAAACAGUGCCCCCCCCAGACUUGGGACAGAAGGCGAUGGACAGACCUUGCCUUGGAUCCACAGGAUGGCAGCUAGAGAUGAGCGCUCUAGUCUCCACCUUGUUUGGAUGGUGGGGCCCAAGCCCAAACCUAUUGACCAGUUAAACUAGAAAGCCUACCCACACCCCCAGACCAAAGUCCAGUGUCCUCCACAUCCCCUCCCAAUAGCUCUUUUUCAUAAACACCCCUGGCGGGGCAAAGGCUUUGGUGAUUGAUACGAUAUUGAGUGUUAAUAUUAAUAUUUGAUGAGGAUGAGUUUCCAAUGAGUUUCUAUGUGCAGUGGCAAUGGGAUGGUUAAAAGAUGUACUAGUUUCACAAGCUGCCUCUGACCUUCCUGGUUAACUAUCCUAGGUUUUACCCCCCUGCAUGUAUCGCUUUGUAAAUAGUCAUUCCUUUGAACUAAAAAUAACAUAACUGCCAUGUCUGUAGUGCAUUAAGGUUUACAGACACUUCCCACAACAGCCUUGUGAGGGGCACCGUGCAAGUAUUAUUCCCAUUUGGCAGAGGAGGAAAUUGAGGCUCAGAGAGAGUAAUUGACUUGUCGAGGACUAUUCUAAAGGAGAGGUGGAUUUUGAUGGGGAUUUGAGUUUCCCCACCAUCCACUUGUUUUCUUGGAUCAUUGACUGACCCGGACGCCACUCAAGACUGGCAGUCAAUGUUCUCUUUAACUUUAUUAUUAAAAGUCAAUGGAGGGGCAGCCAGGUGGUGCAGUGGAUACAGCACUGGCCCUGAAGUCAGGGAGGACCUGAGUUCAAAUCUGGCCUCA